AUGACUCUCAUUGGUGAAAAGACAAACCGCGUGCUCACCACUACACGGUUUCCAGCAGCAGCAGAUUGCCAAAUGGCACUGAGCACCCAAAGAGACUCUGCCUUUCUUCCUUCACCUGAUCAGUCUGCUCCUCAAUCAAACCACGAUGUGUUUUUGAGUUUCAGGGGUGAGGACACUCGAAAUAGCUUUGUGUCCCAUUUAUACCACGAAUUGCAGCUCAGGGGCAUUAAAACAUUCAAGGAUGAUCCAAAGCUUGAAAGAGGGACAGCUAUUUCUUCGGGGCUCUUCAACGCAAUCGAAGAAUCAAGGCUUGCAAUCGUUGUCCUCUCGCCAAAUUAUGCGUCUUCUUCCUGGUGCUUGGAUGAGCUUACAGAGAUUCUCCAAUGCAUGAAACCCAAGGGCACAAUUCUGCCAGUGUUUUAUCGUGUGGAUCCCUCCGAUGUGAGAAAACAAAGCGGCAGUUUUGCGUGCGCGUUCGCUGAGCAUGAGGAAAGGUUUAGGGAAGACAGAGAAAGGGUGAAGAGGUGGAGAACUGCUUUAACUGAAGUGGCCAAUUUAUCUGGGUUUGAUUCAAAGAAUGAGUGUGAAAGAAAGCUUAUUGAAAAUAUUGUUGAAUGGGUGUGGGAGAAAGUGCAUCACAGAUUCAAAUUGUUAGAUUCCAAAGGCUCAUCUACGGAUGAUGUUCGCUUUAUAGGGAUAUGGGGGAUGGGCGGAAUUGGCAAAACAACCAUUGCUCAGCUAGUUUAUGAUAGCAUUUCUACCCAUUUUGAAGUUAGCUGCUUUCUUGCUAAUGUUAGAGAGGUUUCUCAACGUGGUAAUCUUGUUGAUCUACAAAGACAACUUCUUUCCCCAAUCUUAAAGGAUCAAAUUACUCAAGUUUGGGAUGAACAGUGGGGAACCUCUGUCAUUAAGAAAUGCUUGUAUAAUAAAAAGGUUCUUCUCAUUCUUGAUGAUGUGAGUGAAUCAAGCCAUCUUGAAAAGUUGGCUGGUGAAAAGGAUUGGUUUGGUAAGGGGAGUAUAAUCAUUAUUACAACUAGAGAUAAACGGUUGCUAGUUAAACAUGAUAUACAUAUAUCAUAUAAGGUAGAGGCGUUAGGUAAUGAUGAUGCUCUUGAGCUCUUCAGUUGGAACGCCUUUAAAAAAAAUGAGCCGGAGGAAGGUUAUUUGGAAUUGUCAAAGGGUUUUGUAAAUUAUGCUAGAGGACUUCCACUAGCUCUUAAACUUUUGGGAUGCUUAGUGUAUAAGAGAGAUCAAUAUGAAUGGAAAAGUGAAUUGGAUAAGCUGCAGAAAAUUCCUAACUCACAAAUUAUUGAUUUGCUCAAAAUAAGUUACGAUGGACUGGAUGAGAUGAAUAAGGAUAUAUUUCUUGAUGUUGCAUUUUUUCACAAGGGGAUGUUCAAGGAGCGUGUAGUUGAAAGACUAGACUGCUGUGGCCUAUGUGGUCAUAUUGGGAUAAAUGCUCUUGUCCAGAAAUCACUUUUAACUAUUGAUAUUUCAAAUAACACGGUUGAGAUGCAUGAUUUGAUACAGGAAAUGGCAUUGGAAAUUGUUCGUCGGGAGUGUCCUGAUGAGCCUGGUAGACGAAGUCGAUUGUGCAAUCGUGAUGAUAUCUCUCAUGUAUUCAUAAACAAUACAGCAACAUACAAAAUUAAAGGCAUUGCCUUACGCAUGGCGAGACUUGAAAUGGUAGAUUGGAAUUGUGAAGCCUUCUCUAAGAUGUGUAACCUGAAAGUUCUUGAAUUUGAUAAUGUGAUCAUUUCUUCAAGCCCCAGAAUUCUUCCUAAUUCCUUGAGAAUUAUCAAAUGGAGUUGGUAUCCUUCCAAAUUUCUCCCAUCAAGUUUUCAACCGAAUUUCCUUAUUGCACUUAAGAUGCGUGAGAGCAAACUUGUUCGGCUUUGGGAUGGAAGAAAGGACUUGCCCAACUUGAAAAAAAUGAAGCUUUUUGGCUCUAAAAACUUGACCACAACCCCAGAUUUCAGUGGCGUUCCGAAUCUUGAGUUGUUGGAUUUUCAAUUUUAUUCCAGAAUUUUCAAGGCAAAUGAAAAUUUGUCAACGCUUAAUUUAAGUGGGAUGUCCAUUGAGAAAUUAUCUUCAUCAAUAGGAUGUCUGGUUGGCCUUACUGAUCUGUCACUACAGUAUUGCAAAAAUCUCGCGGGUCUUCCGAGUGAAAUUUGUAAUUUGAAGUCUCUUACUGAUCUGUCACUACAGUAUUGCAAAAAUCUCGCGGGUCUUCCGAGUGAAAUUUGUAAUUUGAAGUCUCUUACACACCUCGAGGUGAGUGGAUGCUCAAAAAUUGACAAAUUCCCAGAGAACAUGGGAGAGAUGGAGUGUUUACAUACGCUUCAUCUGAAUGGAACUGCUAUAAGACAGCUGCCACGCUGCAUUGUUGGUUUGAAAAAACUGAGGGAUCUAUCUUUGGAUGGAAGAAGUGGAUCACAACCUAAUAAAUCAAGGUUUUGGUGGGGCCUCCCCCGCUUAAAUGGAAGAAAGGCAUUUGUGUUGGCUUCGCUUGAUGGUUUAUUCUCUUUGAAGUAUUUGGAUCUAAGUAAUUGUGGCGUUUGUGAAGGGGAUCUUCCCAGUGAUAUUGGUUGCUUGUCCUCUUUAGAAAAAUUAAGUCUUAGUGGAAACAAUUUUGUUAGCCUUCCUGCAAGCAUUGGAUGUCUUUCUAAGAUUAAGUCAUUUUGGGUGAAUGGGUGCCAAAGUCUUGAACAAUUGCCAGAUCUUUCUAAGCUUAUCUCAUUGGUGGAUAUAAACAUAGCCAAUUGCACUUCCUUAAAAAUGCUGCGACAGUAUAAUACUGAAAAUGCUACAGCGAUACCUUCAGCCUCGGGUUCUCUCUCUGUCUCUGUACUCCGUUUUAUUAGGCCUCUUUACGGAUUCACAAUUUUAACUCCUGGAAGGAAAAUUCCAGAGUGGUUCAGUAAUCAAAGUUUGGGAGAUUCCCUAACUGUGGAGCUACCUACCAAGUGGAUGGGAAUUGCUUUUUGUGUGGUGUUUGAAGUUCAGGCUAAUCUUUCUGAUGUUCAUUAUGUUCGAAUUAGCUGUUCCCCACAAGGAAUGCGGACACAUGGAGUAUUUCCAAAAGAAUUUACUAUAUUCGAUGUUGUGUCAGAUCACCUUUGGGUAAUUUAUGUAUCUCGUAUACAAUCUGAGAAGAUAUGCGGUCAGAUAAAGUUUUUGUUCACAACUUAUUAUUCUCAUCAAGACAUAAUGCUGGAACACAAAAAAUCUUGUGUGAAGAAGUGUGGGUUUCGUUUGGUGCACGAGCAAGAUGUGGAACAACUCAACCAGAUCAUGAUGAACAAAUCCAUCAUCAAGAGCACUACUACUUGUCCUACCAAAUCAGCUGAUGCACAAGGUCAACAACACCAUGAUGACGAGGAGGCUAGUCCUAGUGGAAGUGGUAGCUCUCACCAAAAAUCUCUCUUCUGCAAUACCUAUGCUCUUUCCAAAAAGGCAGACCAAGAUGAAUUAAAUGAUGUUGUUGACGAAGCUCGGCCCAGAAAAAGAAAAAAGAUCGAUGUGAUUGGGACUAACCUAUGA